AUGAUUUGGACUUUGAUGUUUUUAUGUUUUUUGGCUUCUGUAAGUUGAUAACUCUCUUCUCGGCCUGUUUUCAGUUCAUCAAAUUUCAGAGUGGUUCUGCUGAAAAUCAAGGGUUCGGAACAAGUAACCAGAUGAGCAUGGAGUGAGAUCGACCUUUCAUUGUUCGAAACGUCCCAUUUCCUUUCAGACAUUUGAAAGAGCACUAUGGGAACAAGAUCGAAAUCGAGAGGCACAAUUCGCCGGGGGAUCGUCAGUUCUUCUACUUUCAGAUGGGCGACACUAACCACGAUCACUUUCUGGAUGGCCUUGAGCUGUUCAAGAUGAUAGAGCAUAAGCACGAGGAGGCCGGAAAGGGAAUGACCGACGCGGAACAGUACGAGGUGCAAGUGGAUCAGGUGCUUAGGUGAGAGACCGUCUAUCGGAGCAUUAACCGAGAGCCUUUUCAGUGACUUUGACAAGGACGGCGACGGGCUGAUCAGCUUCAGCGAGUACUCGAAAAGAUUCUCGUGA